AAAAACCCCACGCUCUCGCGUCGGUUGCUCCUAUCCUCCUCCUCCCGCUGUCCCGCACGACCUCUCGCCCCUUCCUUCUCCUCCCGCCUCUCCCUCCUCCGCUCCCUACCGCUCCGCCUCCGCCUUGCCAUUCCCCGCCGCCGCCUCCCCACCCCCCCUCGCCCUCCCCGGCAACAACGGCAACAACGGCGGCGGUGGUAACAUCAGCAGCGACGACGGGAAUGAUGAAACAGGGGACGGCGGCGGCGAGUGGGGCGUUUACCGGGGGAGGCGAUGUUCGUGCUGGCGCAGGCGAGAGGAAGAUCUCCAGCCUACCGGCGUACCUCGCCACGGCCGUGGAGGGCUGCCACAUCACGGGCGACAUCGUGCGGCGCUUCGCGGAGAUGGAGCUCUCGCCGCUGCUCCGUUGGCUGCUGGGCUUCAGAGGGUCCAGGGAGCGCCUCCUCACCGACGACCUCUUCAUCGCCAAGCUCGCCAUGGAGAUGGGCGUCAGCAUGAUCGCCAAGACCGCUGCCGAGUACGAGAAGAGACGGGAGAACUUCGUCAAAGAAAUUGACAUCGUCAUCGCUGAUGUGGGUGGGGUCGUCAUUCAAGGGAUGGACUUUUCCUUCAGGUUAUGGUCUUGUUUCUCUCAAGGAGAUGGUGGUAGCAAGGGGGGAGCGCAAGAUGUUGCUGAUGGAUUCAACAAUGCUUUUGGCAACGAUGUUAGAUCCCUCCUUCUGCUCCUUCUGAUCUGUCAAAUUGAUUUAUUCAUUUUUGUAGCCUUGUUGAUAUCUUCUCUUCGUUCAAAUUAAAUAUCUAGCUGCUUUUCCGAACCCAACUCCUUUUUGCAGGAAGUUGAACUUGAUGACGGACUAGAGAAGAAAGUAUGUCAGAGAUAUGCAUGUUAGCCCUUAAGCAUAUCAGAAUACAAUCAUUCAACGCAUAAUUAGUCAGUUAUAUAUUCUACUCAUGUCCCCAACAAGGCAACAAUCGACCAGGUUACAUAUCUUCUGUACUAAAUGUAUCAUAGCUUUUGUACAUGCUGUUCCCGCAGUACUACAAUCUCUAGAUAUAGGGUUGAUAGAAAGAUUUGCUUGAAUCAGAUAAACAACAUGGAUUAAUGUUUACAUUGUUAUAUCUGGUGCUUAAUUUACUAUUAAGAAUAUAUAAUGAAGUCGUUUCUCCAUGUUGUUCCAACUGUCUUUACAAUUAUGAGGAUAUAGAAGAUUAACUCAAGUCAGGUAAACAACAUGGUUUUUAUUUUGCAGAUUUCUGUAAUGCAGCACUUUAGACGUGCAUUUGGCUAUUCUAGGCCCCCAAUAGAUGUAUAUUUCUUUGUAUUGCUUUUCAUCAAUUAUGAUUAGUAAGGGAUCCUACUAAUUUAUGAUUUCAUUAGGGAAGUGUUGCUACUUCUGUACAGUCCAUCUCUUGACAGUAUUAUGAAAAUACAAAAUAGAUUGUGUAUAUAGCAUAACAUUUCUUCAUGUAGAUCUUGAAGACUAUUACUCUGCAUAUUCUGCAUUUAGUUACAUUCUUGAUAAUAAAAGAAUCGUGGAUAAAUAUGUAAAAGUGCAGAACGUUUUCAGUUUCUUGUUUGGAUUAUGUGCCUUUAAUUGGUACACCUUUUUUGUAGCGAGAUAAAAUGGUACACUACAAAGGUCUUAAUUGAAAUGGAUAUAGUUGAGUGAUGUUUGUUUGCUUUUCACCGUAAAAAAACUCUUUGCUUUACAAGGUGUUUGGUUCUUUUGAGAUGUUGUUUUGUAUUUAGUAAGGUGUCACUUGAUAGUGUUUAUUUUGGUAAGGUGCUCUGUUUGCCUUUUAAAGUUAGUCCCCGUCAAUACUUUCUCCUUUUCGGUUUGGACCAUGUCAGCUUGAAGAGAUGUUCUUUUUAUGAUCACUACGAAUAAAAGUGUGCAGAAUGAAUUCAGUUGGCAACUAGCCAUAUCACACAUGUGUUUGCUUCAGGUUGUGCGUUUCAGUCCAUUGUAGGAAUAAUUUCAUUGAGAACUCGCAACGGCAAGUUGAAGAACAUUUUGGAGCACAAGUAGGGGUAAGUUCUAGAGUGUGGAGGAGCAACGAUGCAAGCUUGGAGAUCGCUCAUGAUUCUGAUUGUUUCCUAUUCAGAUUGAGGAACGUAUACUCGGCCCACCCUCAUUCCCAGUGAUUAGAUAGUUUGCAUUUAUAUGCAAAUUGUGUGAAUAAAUUUAUGUAUACCAAGGUAAAAAUGGGAUACUAAUAUUCAUUAUUGCACGUUUGCAAAUCCUCUUUGAGACCUUGUAU